AUGGCGGCGCUGCGCCGCACAGAGUCCACACUGACAGUGCUGGACGAGGACUCGCUGUGGGAGCUGCUGGAGAACCACCGCCACAGGAUCGUGCGCAGCAUCUGCCCCAGCCGCCUCACCCCCUACCUGCGCCAGGCCAAGGUGCUGGACCAGCUGGACGAGGAGGAGGUGCUGCACAGCCCCAGGUUCACCAACACCGUCAUGAGAGUCGGGCACUUGCUGGAUCUGCUGAAGACGCGAGGGAAGAACGGAGCCAUUGCCUUCCUGGAGAGCCUGAAGUUCCACAACCCUGACAUCUACACCCAGGUCACGGGGCUGCAGCCCAAGGUGGACUUCGACAACUUCAGUGGGCUCAUGGAGACGUCCAAGCUGACCGAGUGCCUGGCCGGGGCCAUCAGCAGCCUGCAGGAGGAGCUGAGCCAGGAGAAGGGACAGAAGGAAGCCUUGGUACGGCGCUGUCAGCAGUUGCAGGAGCGCCUGGGCCAGGCCGAGGCCCGCGCCCAGAGCCUGGGCCAGAUGGAGGCCGACCACGACCGCAUGAAGCGCGAGGUCAGUGCCCACUUCCACGAGGUGCUGAAGCUCAAGGACGAGAUGCUCAAUCUGUCCCUACGCUACAGCAACGCGCUGCAGGAGAGGGAGCUGGCCACCACGCGCUGCCGCAGCCUGCAGGAGGAGCUGUACCUGAUGAAGCAAGAGAUGCAGCGCCACAAGAUGUCUUCCUCCUGUGAGCGGGAACUGCGCGAGCGGUCCCUGCAGAUGACCGGCGUCCUGGAGCCCGGGGACAAGGAGCUGAGCCGCCUGAAGGAGGAGAAUGAGAAACUCCGGUCGCUGACCUUCAGCCUGGCGGAGAAGGACAUCCUGGAGCAGAACCUGGACGAGGCCCUGGAGAGCAAGCAGGAGCUGGUGGACCGCAUCCACUCUCUGAGGGAGCGGGCUGUGGCCGCCGAGAGGCAGCGCAAGCAGUACUGGGAAGAGAAGGAGCAGACCCUGCUCCAGUUCCAGAGGACAAAGGUAGACUGUGACCUCUACAAGGAGAAGGUGAACGCCCUGCAAAGCCAACUGCUGCAGCUACAGAAGGAGCGCGACCAGGCCUACUCCGCCCGGGACGCAGCCCAGAUGGAGAUUUCUCAGAAGCUGACAGAGAAGGAUGCCCUCCGCAGGAAAGUGUUUGAGCUGACAGACCAGGUCUGUGAACUGCGCCAACAGCUCCGCAGGCCGAAGGCCGAGUCCCUGCAGGGGCCUAAGCAGGAAGCCGGCACCAGGGAGCCCUGUCCGAAGGGAAAGCAGCCGCUGGUGCGCAUGUUCGCCCUCUGCCCGCGGGAUGACAGCAACUCCAGCUGCCCCGGCCCCCCUGAGUCUCAGCUCUGCUCUGACCUGACCGCCACAUCCAACCGUGAGCUGGUGGACAGCUUCCGCUCCAGCAGCCCCGUGCCUCCCAGUCCACAGUCCCUGUACAAGCGGGCCACAGAGGACUUCCGGGAAGACCCCUGGUCUCUCGGUGGCUUCCCAGAAAUCCUGCAGGUGGACCGGGGACCCUCCCCGGGGGCGAAGGCAGGUGAUGCAGACCUGGAUUAUGAGAUUGUAGACAGGGCAGACGUUCCUGAGUGUGAGAGCAGCCUGCAGCCGUGCACCGGGGGCCUCACCCUCUCAUCCAGCAGCGUCCCAGUGAGGAGGAGGCUGGCCCGCAAGAUCCUGAGCCAGGUCACCGUGCUGGCCUUCCAGGGGGACGCGCUGCUGGAGCAGAUCAGCAUCAUUGGUGGCAACCUCACAGGCAUCUUCAUUCACCGGGUCACCCCUGGCUCGGCGGCGGACGAGAUGGCCUUGCGCCCGGGCACCCAGAUCAUGAUGGUGGAUUAUGAGGCAACAGAGCCCUUGUUCAAGGCCACCUUGGAGGACACGACCCUGGAGCAAGCUGUCGGACUUCUCCAGAGGGUCAACGGCUUCUGCUGCCUGUCUGUGAAGGUCAACAUGGAGGGUUAUAAGAAGUUGGUCCAGGACCUGGAGGCCCAAGUGGCUACCUCAGGGGAUUCCUUCUACAUCCGGGUGAACCUGGCCAUGGAGGCACGGGCGGAGGGGGAGCUGCGGGUGCGAUGCAGUGACGUUCUGCACAUCAGCGACACCAUGUUCCAGGGUCGCAGCUGCUGGCACGCCCACCGCUUGGGCCCCUACAGCACGAAGGGCAUCGAGCAUGGCACCAUCCCCAACUACGCCCGGUGA